AUGGCUGAGCCACCUAGGAAAUCAAAGAUCUCAUCCUCUCGAAAACUGGGGUUGAAGAUUCGACUGUUGGCAGUGGCUGCUCAGAUGCUGCAGGAGGAGAAGGAGCAAAAGGAGAAGGAGAGAGAAGUUGCUCUGGCCGACAGAGUUCCUCCUCUUAAUAUGUCCGGUCUGUCAAUGCAGGACCUGAUGGAUCUUUGCAAAGACUUACACCACAAGAUCGAUGUAGUCGAUGAGGAGCGCUAUGACAUUGGUCUGAAAGUGUCCAAAAAUGACUCAGAGAUUGAAAACAUGAAUCUGAAGAUCAUUGAGAUUCAGAGUAAGUUCAAGAAACCAACCUUGAAGAGAGUGAAGAUCUCAGCUGAAGCCAUGCUGAGCGUCCUGCUGGGCUCCAAACACAAGGAGUCCAUUGACUUCAAGGCCAACCUUAAGACAGUCAAGAAGGAAGAGGAGAAGAAAGAGGAGGUGACUGACUGGCGUAAAAAUGUGGAAGCCAUGUCUGGUAUGGAGGGCCGGAAGAAGCUGUUUGAUGCCUCUGGCAACUAA